AUGCAACGUCGCCGGCAGACACCGCAGAACAACACAGCGCCAUUUUCGUCGCCAUCGACCUCGACGUCGCAUUCUGGAACCGCCGGCUUCCCACAGCAGAGACAGAGCCAGAGACAGAGGCAGUCCUCGACGGGCACACAACCCCCGACCUCGUUGAUGAACAGCGGCAUCGAACUACGCGAUCGAUCCGCCCGAGCCGACCGAUCCGCCGCCCACGGCACCAGCAGCAGCAUCAGCAGCCGGCAAGGGCUCUACCAGCGCACCUCUUCCGCCGCCGCCGCGUCGUCUGCGUCCAACUACGCCUCCUACCAGGCACCGUCCCUCCACGCCCAGCCGCCCGUCUCCGACACAAUUUUCAUCAUGAAGCCGCUCGUGGGCGCGAUUCAGGCAUGGUCCUGCGUCGUCAUCUCCGUCUUCGCCAUCCUGAUCCUGUCAAUCAUGGGCCUGCUCUUCCGGGCCAACCACCACGAGAUGGUCGGUGGCGUCGACGAUCCCGAGAACGGCCCCGAGGUCGCUGCCACGAUCUUUGUUGCGGUGCUGGUCUAUGCCGGCUUCCUCGUGUUCUGCGGUCUCCAAGGACUGCUGCACCUACGCGAAAACCGGCGAGGGGCGAUUGCGCUGUAA